GAGGGCAGUCUUCAUUUCCUAUCUCCCGCCAUCUAGAUAUACCACUAGAGAUUCCAUCCUCCCCAACUCAUUUAGGCGUUGCACGCGAACGAACUCUAGAUCACUGCGCUCUCAGGACCCUCGCAAACUUGACAUCUGAGUCACCUCGCACGCGCAGCAACAGGUACGGCAGGCCGGCUGGCUGGGUGUCAACGUGAGAGAAAAUAACGCCGUCGAACUCCUGCUUCAUCAAGAUCACCUCGAUAUCGUCAUCUGCAUCACAGCAAACGUCACCACGAGCAUCACUCUGAACCGUAUUCAGCUGUCAGAAAUUACGGCGGCGAACCCCAACCUCUCUACAUCCACUCAACGUGCAGCAGUGGAAGGUCUCCAAGGCUCGCCUUCACUACCGCAACAUGUAUCGCUUGUCAGGUCGCUCAGAGUCGCCCGGCCCUACUUGUACGGUUGAGACCAUGACUGAGGACAUGUGCCGCGCCCGAGCCUUGAGUGUUCCAUGCGGGGGAUUCAAUACUUCCGGCUUUCCCCUUGAUGGCCGCGAUGUUUCGCCUGCACCUAGCGAUUCCGAGCUCUCCACGCCGGCUUCGUCGCCUCCUCCUUUGAACCCCGCGUACGAGUAUCACGCGCAGGCUGAGGACUUGUUGCCUGAUCCUCAUGUCUCCGUCGACAUCGAGGAAGCUUCUGCUGCCUCCGAGCUAGCUUCAAAUUUGAACACGGGCUCUAGCCGCUCUGUGGAUGACGAUCACGACGACGAGGAGGUACACCCUGUUGCAACUGCAAGUAACGACGACGACGAUCUAGAUUUCAUUUUUAACAUAUUCACCACGGCAGUACAAGAGUACAACAAUUGUACCGCAAUUCUGAAGCAAUGCGAGGAAGAAACGAACGCGUUUCAGGCGUCAACGGACUCGAUCCGAGCUUUUUGGAGACAGAAGAAAGCGGAAAUGGUUGCGGAGGUGGCGGAUGACAUGGACCCCGCCUUAAAGAAAUUGGAGCGGGAUCUCAACGCGUUUCAGGCGAAGAUAGACAUGCGCAAAGCCUCGAUGGUAGAGGCUGCGAGAAGGGCGAAUGCCUUUAUGGAUCGUUGGACCAAAUUUGCGGCCGAUGGAACAAUUGAGUGACUGAGUCCAGGGCAACUGUCAACAAGUUGCAGGGAGCCAGAAGAGAGAGAUUAGCUGGGGAAGUAGCACGGAGUCUCGCACGCUAUGUGAAUAUGGGAUUUGGAGUUAGUUGUCACGAUCUGUGAAUUAGCUGCUUUAGAUGAGUUCACUUU